CUGUGACCAUAACAUUGUCUGCGUUUUAAAGAGACCCGGUCGACCCGGCUGUUUCCCCUACUCGAAAUGCGCACCUAACGUAAACACCUGUCUCUUUAAACGAGAGCUUCAAGAAAUGCCUCCCCAGACUCCUGGCUUUCUGAUUGCGUUGUUGUCCGCCGCGGCCGCCGGGCCGGAAAAUGCGCGUACAUGCUGACGCUAUUCAAAGUGAUAUCUCCAAGAAUAUUUCAUCAAACAUGGAAGAAGAUAAAAUAGCCAUAUUGAAAAAUGCUAUUGGGUCAUAUCCAGACUUCCCCAAGAAAGGUGUUUUAUUCAGGGACGUGUUCGGCGUGCUGCUGCAGCCGGCGGCGUUUGCAACGCUCAGAGACGUGCUGUUGGCGCGUGUGCGCCACCUGGAGCCGGCGCCCGAGGCGGUGGUGGCGCUGGACGCGCGCGGGUUCCUUUUCGGACCGCUGCUGGCGUUGGAGUUCGGCCUGCCGUUCGUGCCGAUCCGGAAGCGCGGAAAGCUGCCGGGCGCCGUGAAGAGCGUCACCUACCAGCUGGAGUAUGGCCAGGACACGUUUGAAAUCCAGGACGGUGCGCUUGCCAAAGGCCAGAACGUGUUGAUCGUGGAUGACCUGCUGGCCACGGGCGGUACGAUGGCGGCCGCGUGUCAGCUGGUGAGCGAUGUGGGCGCGAGCGUGGUCAGCUGUCUGGUGGUGAUUGAGCUGCGGGAGCUGCGCGGACGCGACAAGAUUGCCGCGCCCGUCCACACUGUGCUGCAGUAUUAGCGACGUCCGGCUGCCCUCGCCAGGCCGGUGACGACUUCAGGAGCGGCGCCGCCCCGGCGCGGCGCAGCUGUCACCACGCUCAACGACGGCGGCUGUAUCGGUCGCUCAGCGAGUGUCGCCUCUGGUCGAUAUCGCGGUCAUUCCGAUGUUGGGGGUUCUGCGCGGGUCAUGUCGUAGAGGAUGGCAUUGUGGAGAGGUGCUCAAAUACGGUCUUUUGUGUACUACGGUGGGGGAGGCAAAUUAUGCUAUUAACCAUGCAUUGGUACAAAUGGGCAUACCUUGAUCGUGAUUCUGAGCAGAUCAUACGCUCAGGAAUGACCUCUUAGGGAGGCGAUUGAAUGUUUCAUUGUGCGUAAUGCAAGGAAAGCAGCGAAGACUGCCAUUGUCAGCGGUAGGCCAGUGGACCAUUCCAAGUAUGUGUUGAUGCCUAAGUUGUUAGCUUUAACGGGCAUAUGUGCGAGACGUCUUUUGUUGGCAUUUAACACUGAUGGAUGCAUUUUGAUAUUGGGGUGCUGCAUAUAGCAUUAAUACACAAUUUAAAUGUAAAA